GUAAGCGCCUGCGAGGUAAAACACUUACCCCUCUGAUGGGAAAUCUUCCCAGCGAGAGGAUUACACCCACUUUUCCGUUCUUUCGAUGCGGCGUUGACUAUGCCGGCCCAGUGUUCGUUUGACCAGAAAAGGUAGGGGAGCUAAAACUACAAAGGCAUACAUUUGCAUUUUUAUAUGCCUCGUUACGCGCGCUGUGCAUUUAGAGCUGGUGAGUGAUCUUACUACUAAAGCGUACUGUCUCACACUCAACCGCUUUGUCUCACGCAGGUCGAAACCCGCUGAAAUGUGGUCUGAUAAUGGCCGCACCAUGGUCGGACUUAAAAACGAAUUCGCGCAAUUUUUAGAACGCUGUAGUUCUGACAUUAUUGAAUACGCAAAUCAACAAAAAAUUAAAUUUAAAUUCAUAGUGCCGUAUGCCAGCCACUUUGGUGGACUGUGGGAACGUGGAGUACAGUCGUGCAAGUACCACCUUCGCCGCGUGGUCGGUAACGCGCAUCUCACAUACGAAGAGUUCAGCACAGUAUUAGCACAAGUUGAAGCUGUCCUGAAUUCUCGUCCCCUCUCCCCAAUGUCUUCCGAUCCUAACGACUUCCUUCCUCUUAGUCCUGCUCAUUUCCUGGUUGGCCGUACGCUCACCGCACCUGCCUACGACAACCUGGUGGAGACGCCCACGCAUAAACUCGAUCGGUACCAGAGGGUGGAGCAAAUUCGACAACACUUUUGGAGACGCUGGUCGAAAGAAUACAUAUCCGAGCUGCAAACACGGACGAAGUGGAGACUAAACACGCAAGACCUCAAACCCAACACUAUGGUCAUCAUCAAAGAGGACAACUUCCCGCCGUUGAAAUGGCAUCUCGGACGAGUCAUCAGAAACAUACCUGGGAAGGAUGGAAUCUCAAGAGUCGCGGAAAUACAAACUGCAUCCGGGCUUGUGAGGCGAGCUUACGCAAAGAUCUGCCCAUUAGUCGACCCUGAUGAGGACAGUCUUGGAAGCCAAGAGCUCCAAGGCCGGGGGCAUGUUGCGGCGUCGUAGAUCGGAACGCUGACCGCGGGCGUGGGCCAACCUGAUUGGUCCACGUAGCUGUGUCGUCGACUUUUUCAAAACGUCAAUUCAAAUGAACAUUCAAAAUUCGCUUUUCGUUUAAAUAAUAUCAUCGUUGUUUUCAAAAUCGCAUAUUGUAAUCGCUAAUUAGUUUAAUUAAAUCGAAAUAUCAAAAGUUCUCUUUUUUCUUCAAAUACCA